UCGAGUCAAUCCGAGAGACUCGUCGAGUUUCGAGUCCGCAGUCCCGUGAUAACCACCCCGACGCCCGUCCGUCGCUCUCCCUCGUCUACAACUCCAUUUUACAUUAUACGCUCAAAGCGCAUCAAUCGCAUCAGGGACUGGCGAGGGGAAGAACGUCUGAGACAUGGACAAUGUGCAAAUGAUCGGAACUAAAAUCACCGCGAUCAAGGAAUACUUAUAUAACUUUGCGCGGACCCAUUCGCCGACUAGACUCAUGAGUUCCGAAAAUACUUACUCCCUCAGUCGGGAGCACAGCAGCCUAAAAUAUUCAGAUAUUCUCCCACAAAAUGUGGAGGGAUAUCCCGCAACGAGAGAAUUCCUGAUGAAAGUCGUCGAUAUUCUCCUGGACUUCAUCAAAUCCACCAACGACCGGAACGCUAAAAUUCUCGAUUUCCAUCAUCCAGCGGAAAUGAUGCAGCUCCUGGACCUGGAGAUACCGGACACUGGACUACCCCUGCAGCAACUCCUCCUGGACUGCGCCACAACCUUGAAGUAUCAAGUGAAAACUGGACAUCCUCGUUUCUUCAAUCAAUUGUCCUGUGGUCUGGAUUUGGUAUCAAUGGCUGGAGAGUGGCUGACCGCCACCGCAAACACGAAUAUGUUCACUUACGAGAUUGCACCAGUUUUCAUUCUCAUGGAGCACGUGGUGCUUGAGAAGAUGAGGGAAUUGAUUGGCUGGAAUACUGGAGACUCCAUCCUAGCACCUGGUGGAUCAAUCAGCAAUCUCUACGCUUUUCUCGCUGCUAGACACAAAAUGUUUCCUCAUUACAAGGAGAAGGGACUCUCUGCUGUCGGUGGACAGCUCGUGAUGUUCACAUCUGAUCAGUGUCAUUACUCGGUAAAAUCGUGUGCAUCCGUCUGCGGUCUUGGUACUGACAACUGCGUGAUGGUUCCCAGUGAUGAAAAUGGCAGAAUGAUUCCAUCGAAGCUGGAGCAACUCGUUCUCGAGCGCAAAGCAAUGGGGCACAUUCCUUUCUUCGUCAAUGCAACCGCUGGGACAACUGUCAUUGGUGCAUUCGAUCCAAUCUCCCAAAUUGCUGAUAUAUGCGAAAAGUACAGCCUCUGGUUGCACAUCGAUGCGGCGUGGGGUGGUGGACUGCUGCUCUCAAAAAAAUACAGACAUCCGAGACUGACGGGCAUCGAACGAGCUGAUUCCGUCACCUGGAAUCCACACAAGCUGAUGGGAGCUCUUCUCCAGUGCUCAACAAUCCACUUCAAGGAGGAUGGUCUUCUGAUCAGCUGCAAUCAGAUGUCAGCUGAGUACCUCUUCAUGACUGAUAAGCUGUACGACGUAAAGUACGACACAGGUGACAAAGUAAUCCAAUGCGGUCGCCAUAAUGAUAUCUUCAAGCUGUGGCUGCAGUGGCGUGCUAAGGGCUCAGAAGGAUUCGAGAAGCACAUGGAUCGACUCAUGGAGCUGACUGAAUACAUGGUGAAGCGCAUCAAGCAGAUGCCGGAUAAAUUUUAUCUCAUCCUGGAACCUGAGAUGGUUAAUGUCUGCUUCUGGUAUCUGCCGACGCGAGUGAGGAACAUGCCGCAUAAUUCUCAAAGGGAAAAAAUUCUCGGCGAGAUCUGUCCGAUUUUGAAAGGCAGAAUGAUGGAGACGGGAACUCUGAUGGUUGGCUAUCAGCCGGACGAUCGUCGGCCAAAUUUCUUCAGGAACAUCAUAUCAAGUGCCGCUGUGACAGAGGCCGAUGUCGAUUUUCUCCUGAAUGAAAUGGAUCGGCUCGGUCAUGAUCUGUAAAUCUCCCCUGAUCAAUUCUGUACAAAGCUUAUCCAAGGACAACAACCAUGAAUAUUGAAGUAAGACAUAUUCCCGUGAAGUAUUCAGAUGCAUUAUUUGCUCACAUCGAUUAUAAAAUAAUCCCGGCAAACGUAAUUCAUCUGAAGCAGCACAUGUUAGUGAUAGAAGUAAUAAAUUAUAUUAACUGUUGAUGCAACUGUUGAGAAAUCAGGAAAAGUACAUAGUCUUAAGAUAAUUUAAUAGAGUACACAGCAAUGAGAGAUGAUAUUUGAGAGAGAAUGAUACAAGAGUUUGGGUAUUGAUCAGGGACGCAGGUGGUUCUGGUUCAGGAUUAAACCAGUCCAUAAUUACCGAUCAAGGUAUUGAUUGAUAAAUUAAUUUUAAUGAGUAAUGAAGAGGGGAAAUUAUCUUUGAACCAGAAUGUAAUUGCGCGAAGCGAGCUGGCUCGUUCGUGAAUGAAAUAUUUUGCGAAUAGAUUGAGAAUUCAUUGGCACUUUGAGAGUUUAACAUCCAGACGUUGUGCGAGUUACAACGAAUACAAUCGAUUGUUUGAGAAAGUCCGUUCAGAUGAAUUAUUUUUUAUUUCGUCAGAACAAUCGUCAAGAUAUUUUCAUCGAAUUCUCGCCAAUAGCUGAAUAAUU